AUGUCUUCGUUGAGUGAUCAAUUAAAACAAGUAGCUAACAACUCUGCUACUGUAGCUGUCGACAGGAAAAGAAGACAAAAAUUACAUUCUGCAUCAUUAAUCUAUAAUCCAAAGACUGCAGCCACUCAAGAUUAUGAUUUCAUUUUUGAACAUGCCAUUAAGGCUUUAAAUGAACUGAUCGAAAUUGAACCAAAAUUUCAAAUCUUUACUAAAUCUCUAUUCUCUGAAUCAUCAAUAAAUAUCGAUAGAAAUGUCCAAACAAAGCAGGAAAUUAGAGAUCUAGAUAAUGCAAUCAAUGGAUAUCUUCUACUAGCAUCUUCUAAAUGGCAUUUGACUCCAACUCUACAUGCCACUGAAUGGUUAGUUCGUCGUUUCCAAAUUCAUAUUUUAAACGCUGAAAAUUUUCUUUUGUCAACUUUGAAUUAUUAUCAAACACCUGUUUUUAAAAGAUUAUUAAAUAUUACCAGAUUACCUCCUUUGUUUAUGCCUUUAUCAAAUUUCGUUAGAAGUGAACAAUCACCUUCAAAUAUGACAAUGAUAAAACUAUUUGAUGAUAUGGAUUUCUUAAAAUUAUACACAAACUACUUAAAUAAAUGUAUCAAACAGAAAACAACUUACACAAAUCAAUUAUUGUUUACUACAUGUUGUUUCAUCAAUUUAAUCGCUUUCAACUCAAAUAACGAAGAAAAACUAAAUAAUUUAGUACCAUUAUUACUAGAAAUCUCUGCCAAAUUAUUAGCUACGAACUCGGUAGAUUGCCAAAUUGCAGCCCAUACAGUAUUGGUCGUCUUCGCUACUGCAUUACCACUAAAGAAAGAGAUCAUUGCAGCUGCCGCUGAAACCAUAUUAUCUAAUUUAGCCAAUAACAGAGCUAAAAAAUCAGCUUUAAUUUCCAUUUGCAAAUUAUUCCAAACCUUGAAAGGCGCUGGUAACGUUGACCAAUUACCAAACAAACUUUACAAAUUGUUCGAUUCCAAGUUCAAUUUAGAUACUGACCUUAUUGAAUUCUUAAGUGACAACGGGAAUUCUAACGUAUCAUGUGACAAAUUCUUAACAACAUAUAUAAGGGCAAUCAUUAGAUAUGAUCAUGAUAAAUUUACGUCCCUAGUGAAAUUAUUGAAAUUAGUACAUUUGGAAAGAUUCGAAGUAAGAUUAAUUAUCACAGAUUUAAUCCAUCUUUCCGAAAUUAUAGAAGAUAAAUCUCAAUUAAUCGCAUUAUUCGAAUAUUUCAUCUCAAUCAAUGAAAAAUUAGUAUUACAUUGUUUGAAAUCGUUGAACUUGACCGCUGAAUUAUUCGAGAUUAGACUAACUACUUCAUUAUUCACAGGGACUACCAACGCAGAUGAUACAAACAUAAUCAAUUCCAUUGAAGGUCAAAAAGUAGUAGGACAAAAUAAUCAAAUUCCAUCAUUCCAAGAAUUCAAAGAUAAAAAUGCACAGUUUAUUAAUACUAAAGAUAUAUCAAUGUUUGUUGAGUCUGAUGAAAAAUUCUCCAAAUUAUUAUCUUUGUUUAUUGAGGCUAUUGGUAAAACUUACCAAGCUAACGAAUUCUUAACUUCAUUCAUCACUACUUUAGAAGCUAAAAUCACUUUCCUAUUACGUGUCCUAGUAUCUCCUGCUGCCCCUAUCGCUUUAAGAUUGGUUUCUUUGAAUAGUCUCUCCAAAUUCUUGAAUAAUAUUGAUAAGGAAUCCAAUUUAUUCACCUUGAUUCCAUGUUUGAUUUGUGCAUUAAGUGAUGUCUCGAAGAAUGUUAGAACCAACGUUAAGAAAAUCUUGAUUCAAAUCUCUAAAAGACCCUACACGAAACAUUACUUCGCAAAUAAAAGACUUUAUGGUGAUGAUAUUGCCAUCCCAAUGGUUUCUCCAAAGGAUAAUGAGACUUGGCUGAAAAGAUUUUUAGAUGAAUAUUUAGUGGAGAAUUAUGAUAUCGCGAAUCUAGUCAUUCCAAAGAAAGAUCAAAAAAUUUUCUUAAUGUUUUGGGCAAAUCAGGCUUUGCUAAUGCCGUUACCUUAUCCAAAGACAAUCUUAUUAAAUUAUUUGAAUAAAUAUUCAUCAUCUUCUUCUUCAUUCUCAACAGUCUUUGAAAAGUUUAUUUCUAAUUAUUUACAACAGAGAACUUCAUGGGAAUCUAAAUGUAUUAAUAAUAAAACAGACUUUGUUCAAUUUGAAACGGAAUUAGUUCAAUUAAUUGCCCCCAAGGAAAAAAAUCAAUUCCUAAUAGAUUUUGCAAUUAAUUCUUUGAAUUCUGAAUUCGAAUCAUUAGCUACUCUAGUCUCUGAAAGAUUAAUCUCCAUCUUUGAUUCAUUAAAAUCUAAUGUCCAAUUACAAUUUUUACAAAAUAUCUUAAAUGCAAGUGCUGAAUCUGAUCCAAGUUAUGAUUCCGUCGGAACGUUACAAUCACUACCUUUAACUGCAGAACUUUUCGUUUCAAUCUUAUCUCAAAAUAGAAUAUCUACUGAUUCAGACGCUACGGAGUUCCCAAAAAGAAGAAGAAGACGUUCCUCUACUAAUAAGAUUGCUUUACAAAAGGAAGAAGUCUCACAAAUGGCUGAAAUUCAUUUAAGAAAAUUGACCAUUAUUCUGGAAACAUUAGAUAGAUCCAAGAAUAUCAUUGGUACUGACUCGUUGCUUUCUACAUUGUUCGCAUUAUUAUCUGAUUUAGAAACUUUAGAUCAAGAUGGUGGUUUACCUGUAUUGUACGCUCAAGAAACUUUAACCUCAUGUAUGUUAAACACAAUUAAUUCAUUAAAAAAAUCAGGUCGUACGCAAUUAGGAAAUAUCAGAGCUGAUAUCUUAGUUUCCGCUAUCAGAUCUUCUCCAUCCCCUCAGGUUCAAAAUAAAUUACUUCUAGUUAUCGGUGCAUUAGCUUCUUUGAAUUCAGAAACCAUAUUGCAUUCUGUUAUGCCGAUUUUCACAUUUAUGGGAGCUCAUAGUAUUCGUCAAGAUGAUGAAUUUACUACUCAAGUUGUUGAACGAACUAUAUUAACUGUUAUCCCAGCAUUACUAGCGAAUAAUGCUGCUAAAAAGAAUGAUGAAAUUGAAUUCCUGUUAACGAGUUUCACAACCGCUUUACAACAUGUUCCAAGACAUAGAAGAGUUAAAUUAUAUUCUACAUUAGUUAAAUCCUUGGGUGCAACUGAUGCUAUUGGCCCAUUCUUCUUUUUAAUUUCACAACAAUACUCUUCAAAUAUGGGAAAAUUCAAACUAGGUGAAGCGAGAAAUAUUAGUGAGUUCGCUAAAUCAUUCUUAGCCAAUUUUGAUGUUUUCGAACAAUUGCAUGCAUUAACUAGCUUCUUUGAAAUCUUUAAAAAAAUCAUUUCAGCCAGCCAAGACUCCGAAAAGAAAUCUGAAUUAGAGUCACAAGCAUUAUUUACAAACGGUGUUUUAAACCUUACUGAAAAUGAAUUAUUUACAUUGCUUCAUCAUGCUUUCGCUUUUAUUGACAAAGUAAUUCAGGAAGAUGAUAGUGAUCAUUAUAACAUUAAUGGUAGCUUUAGAUUGAGAGUGUAUUCUGCAUUAUUGGAUACCAAAAACGAUGCAUCAUUCUCUGAAAACGUUAGAUCCGAAUUCGGUAAUGUUUUAGAAUCUGUGUUAACGUUCAUCAAUAAGACUGGUACUUCUUUCUUAAAGAAUGUACAAUCCUCUUCUUCCGAAACUGAUGAUGAAUCUGGUUCGGAAACCAUAAUUGAUCAUAAGACCGAAAUUAAAAAUGUCUUAUUUAGCUUAUUAGGUAAUGUAUUGAACAUGCUACCGAUCAAAGAUUUUGUCGGUGCUGUCUUACCACUUCUAUCUAAAAGUGGUAAUGAGGAAAUUAGAUACCAUUUAGCAUUAGUGAUCGGAACUAAGUUUGAGUUGGAAUCAAUUGAAAGUACUCCUACAGCUAGUGAAGUCAUCAAAUUCCUAUUGGAAAGAAUCCCAAUAGAGAAUUCAUCUACGAACGUUGCACAAGUCGAAUUGAAUACUUUAAGAUCAUUAAUCACAAGAUUCGGAUCAAAAAUGGAUAACUCUUUAUUGACCGAGACCCUUGGAUUAGUCACUAAGACAUUGCUAUCUGAUAAAACUGAAAUUGUGAUUUCAUCUUUAACUGUCAUUGCUACGUGCAUAGGGUUUUUAGGUGUCAAGGCAAUUGCAUUUUAUCCUAAAAUAGUUCCACCAACCAUUAAAAUCUUUAAUCAAAUACAAAACUCUAAAGAUGCUCUAUUAAAUCCACAAAUGCAACUAUCUGUCUUAUUGUUGUUUGCAUCUAUUAUCAAGACCAUUCCAAGUUUUGUUGUCUCCAAUUUGUACGAUGUGUUUGAAAUGACUUUCUUUGCCACCGAAGUUGAAACAGCUACAAGAUUAUCUAUUAUUUCUCUCGUAGUGGAGAAUAUCAAUUUGAAAGAAGUCCUCAAAGUUCUAAGUAAAAUUUGGAUGAAUAAGAUAUCGCAAAUUGAUGAUUCUAUUGCUGUAUCAUUAUUCUUAAGUGCUCUAGAAUCUACAGUUGAGAAAAUUGACAAGAAAUCAGCUACAUCACAAUCACCUAUAUUCUUCAAACUAUUAUUAUCUUUAUUCGAAUACAGAUCCAUUAGUAAAUUCGACAAUAACACAAUUAGUCGUAUUGAAGCAUCUGCUCAUCAAAUUGCAAACGUAUAUGUUUUGAAAUUAAAUGAUAAAGUUUUCAGACCAUUAUUUGUUAUUCUCUUAAGAUGGGCGUUCGAUGGCGAAGAUGUCGUUAAUAAACAAAUUACUGACGUGGAAAGAUUAACCGCAUUCUUUAAAUUUUUCAAUAAGCUGCAAGAAAACUUAAAGGGUAUUAUUACUUCUUAUUUCACAUACUUAUUGGAACCAACGAAUGAUUUAUUGAAGAGAUUUAUUUCCAAGAAAAUAGUUGAUGUAAAUUUACGCCGUUUAGUUUUGAAAUCCUUAACUUCGGCCUUUAAAUACGAUAAGGACGAAUAUUGGAAAUCCACAUCACGUUUCGAAUUAAUUUGUGAUUCAUUAGUUAACCAACUGUUUACUAUUGAGAAUGUUAUUGGUAAAUACCUUGUUAAAGCCAUUGGUUCAUUGGCUGCUAAUAAUAAUGGCAUAGAAGAACAUAACCAAGUCAUGAAUAAACUUUUCAUAACUCAUAUGAAGGCUACAUGCUCAUCAAGUGAGAAAUUAUGGGCUAUAAGAGCUGUUAAAUUAGUAUAUUCAAAGGUGGGGGAAAGUUGGUUGGUAUUAUUACCUCAAUUAGUCCCAACUAUUGUUGAAUUACUAGAAGAUGACGAUGAAGAAGUCGAACAUGAAGUAAGAACAGGCCUUGUUAAGGUUGUUGAAAAUGUUUUAGGUGAGCCAUUUGAUAGAUACUUGGAUUAA